CGGACGAGAGGAGCCCUUCCACCAAAAUCACUCAUUACUAACUGGGCUUAUUGGAGCUGUGCUCUCGAAAAAUACAUAAUCUUGUAACGAUUCGAUGUAAAAAAGAGCUUUUCUGCGAGUUAAAAGUGUUCCUGAUGAUCAUGAUAAAUUAUAACUGUCCUGAAGUGACGUCAGAGUGAACUCGACUCCAGCGAACACACGAUGAGUUUUGUAACGCAACACGAAGACAGCACGAACAUGUUAAAAGCGGAUUUUUCGUGAGAGUAAACGCGCAUUAUGCUCCGCCAACCGCUUCACAUUAGCGGCAGAACGGAGGAUGAAACGGUGGAUUCGGGCGCGGAGACUGGCGGAUCUGACUGCAGUAAAAUGUCUUGCAGUAGCAUUGACCUCAUGGCAGUCCCGGUUCAAGAACCCCUGCUCAUCACCAUGCACCUGCUGACCAACCCCGGCGAUUCACUCCUCCUCCAGCACACUCUUGACCGCCUAAUGAAGUGGGUCCGCCCCGGUCUCCGCCUCUUCAAUGUGUCCGAACGGGCCAUCCCCCUGUGUGACUACGGCAGAGCUGACCGGCACCCUGCGGCUGGUUACCCCUCGCACGCGGUGACCCUCUUCCUGCACGAGUCAUACGGAGAGGAGCGUAUUCUCAGGGUGCUAGACUUCCUACAGUGCCCACCCUGGCAUUACCACCACACGGAGAGCUGUGGUGGAAGAGCAAGUGGCGUUCACAUCAGCUCCACUGGUGGCCCAUCCAACGCCCUCCUGAGGCCCUACCUCCUCCCCAGCCGGGACUUCUACAGCCUGGGUGUGGGAAUGCCAGUGUGGGGGGUGCGCCCGGUGCACUACGGCACGGAGGUGGUGCGGGUGACUUUGCACAGCACGUAUGAUAACUUUGAGGACACGGUGCGGUUGUAUGAGACCGUGCUGCAGAGGAGGGUGGAGGAGCAGAAAACGGGGUUCUGCUGGUUCACUCUGUUGAUGGAUGGAGGGUUCAGCAUCCAGCUGGCUCUGAAGCAGCUCUCGCCCGGGGUCAGAGUGGAGCGCUGUCACUCCACUGUGCUGCAGUUCAGGGUGGGUGAGAUCGGACAACUAGUGCCCUUGCUGCCCAACCCCUGCUCGCCCAUCAGUGGCACCCGCUGGCACACGGAAGACCUGGAUGGCAACAAGAUCCUCUUUCAAGUUAAAGGUCCAGCAAAAACCCAGGGUCUCCUCACAUCUGCUUUCCCACUGAGCUGCCCCAACCUGUCCUCCAGAACCCUGCUAAGGAGCUGUGCAUCCACCAGGCCCCCGUCCACCACGCCCCGCAGCAGACUGUCCCAGCUGAAUGAACGUUCCAUGGGCUGCUCUCACGUGGAGCUGCCCCUGGAUCGUUGUCCACAUGCUCUGAGGUCAGGAGCAUGUGCUGGAGAGAAUAUGGGUUCAGACGGCACCUGUAGCACACCUCCUGGAAGCUCCUGUUACUCAUCCCAGCGCAACAGCCCAGCAGGCCUGUCUGUUAACCUGUAUGACCCAGUCAUCACCCCUGAUACCUCCAUCUCCUGCCUCCUGCUGGAAGAGGAGAAGCCAGAGACCAAUGUGGACACAGGUUGUGCUGUAAACCCACGGCCCGCCGCAGUGGGGGCGUCUGCGCUGGAGACUCUGUCCAGGGACCUGAAACAUGGGCUACCUGAGUCACAGUGGAUUCGGACUUCUGAAGAGAGCGCAGAGAGGAUUCAAACAGACCCCGGGAUGCAGACACAGGCAGCACAGUGUCAUAAUAUACAUCAACAUGCACAAGUAGAUGAGUUUUUUAUCUAACUGUUCUCAAUUACUCUGCAUGGAAAAGUUGAGUAACUGUGACCACAUUUUACUUGUUAGUUGUUUUUAUUAUGGCAAGCAUCGCUAUUUCUCACACGGUUCAAACCCCUAAACUUAAAGGCUGAUUUAUACUUCUGCAUCGAACCAACAAAAACAAUGUUAUUAAUGGAUUUAAAAGUAUUUAUAAAGUUGUUUACCAAUAAACAUUAGUUCAUCAAAGUAGGUACAUAUUAUUUAUUAUACAUGUUGCAGAGAGAAAAUAAAUCAAGCACAUGCUUUCUCAUGAGUCACUUAAAAAGUAAUAUAUAAAUAUUUUGGCAUACUUAUUAAUUAACUUUAAAGAGUUUAUAAGUUGUAAACAGAUGUGUCUUUUUUGUCUGUUUUUGCUUAACACUUCAUGAAACAUAAAGAGAAUAUAAAAAAACAGCAGAUUAAAAUGAAUUGAUUUGAUUAAAACACAAAAACAAUGUAAUAUGAUGAAUAGAUUGUAAAAUAAUCUUGGAGGAAAUGCAAAGCCACACGGAUUUCUUUUAAUCCUCCUGGGGUGCGGUCUGUGGUUACAAAGCGGACCAAUCACAGCUGCUGUUGUCUGCAUUGACAUGACGCAUAGUUACAUUUAUGGAGAGGUGCGCAUCAGGCAACGGUGUAGGUUCAACGCAGAAAUAUAAAUCAUCCUUAAGUAUUAAACUUUUAGUUUUUAGUACACUAAAAAAAGUCGAGUAGGAUUUACUUGAUUUUUAUUUCAUACGUUUUUGAAUAAAAAAACUUUUUUUGCAUGGUAUCAAAUUAAGUCAAAUCUACUUAAAGGUGCACUCAGUAAUUUUUUCCUGAUUAAAAAAGUUUAACUUCUAAAGACAUGAAUUGUAAUUUUACAAUAUAUGUAAGAAAUCAUGAUCACUCACAUUAAAAUGAAGACUCCAGUCAUAUCAGUGACAUUAUAAAAGCUGUUUUAUUCUACAUGGAGAGGGUCCGCACAUGGGGGAUGCCAUGUUAGGAUCACAUGACCAGCCGAAUACUACUCACUUAAUCUCAGUAACCAUCCUGUUAUUGGACACUUUCACUCAGUGAUUAAAGUAAUCAUGGCUGACUGUGAAUAAUACAUUUCUACAAUGACAUCUGAAACUGAAAACUAUUGACUUUAAAUGAUGCUGCAUCCAAGCCGCUAGGUGUCAGUGUAAGUCCAAGAUGACACAAAGACAAAAGUUACUGAGUGCACCUUUAACUUCAUGACAUAAUAUUGAUUAAAGUGAGUGUGUACAUUUAAGUUUAUACUAUAACUUUAACUUGCAAAUUUGAUGUACAUGGUACUUAAAGCCAACAUUUUGAUGCUCCAAAAAGCACAUAAAGGCAGCAUUAAAGUAAUCCAAAGUCAAUUUUUGCUAGAAAUUAUUCUCCCUGCCCAGUAGGGGGUGCAUGCAUGAAGAAUGUGAAUCACCAAAAACACAAGAAGAAUGUGAAAGUUAAAGUGGAGAUUGACUGAGCAGGGAGAAGAAAUUAUAGUAAAAAUGUAAGUAAAUAUUGAUUUGUUUCUCACCCACACCUAUCAUAUCACUUCUGAAGACAUUGAUUUAACCAAUGGAGUCUUAUGGAUUACUUUUCUGAUGACUUAUGUGAUUUUUGGAGCAUCCAAUUCUGAA